GAAUGAGAGGUGCUAAAACUUAAAGUAGAAGUUACGCCAUAUUGCAAGACAAAAGAAGUCGAUUAUAUUGAAGCAUCAAAGAAAGAAGAUCAACAAAUUGUAUAUAACUAAAGAAAAUGAUAUAGUAGAAGCCUACUGUAUGGGGGCUCUUGUAAACAUCAUGUGACCCACCUCCUGCCAAUAACCAUGAUGAGCAUUCUACAAAAAUAUUAUGUUUGUGCAUUUUGCCUGAUGAUAGUUAUGGCUGUGAGAGCAACAACAGUCUCUAACUCUAUGAAUUGUGAAUAUUACAAUGAAACUGCUUGCAAGAACAGCCGAUUUGGUGUUGGCUGCAAUGGAACAGAGGAUUGUAAGUCUUUAAGUCCUGAUAAGGGGAACCAGUGUUACAUACUUUGGCAAAUAAAACCAGAGGGUUUCAGUAUUAAACUAAAAGGAUGCUGGGUGGGUAACAAACACGACUGCACUACAGGAUCACAAUGCACAAAGACUCAGAAAGAUCCAAAUAUAAACUUGUUGUUUUGCUGUUGUGAAGGUGAUAUGUGCAACAGCAAUAUAACCAGAGUGCCAAUUGUUUCAACCAGUGAAGAUGCUGUGAGAUCCAGUACCAGUGUUCCUAUUCCAAUGGCUAGUGGGGGGAAUCCUGUACUUAACACAUUGUUAUAUACACUCGCACCUUUGUUAGGAAUUACUCUUGUCCUCAUUGUAGCCUACUGGGCAUAUAGACACCGUAAAAUGGCUUACUUCAAUGAAGUUCCCACUAUUGAUCCCUCUCCACUUCCUCCUCCUUCACCUCUUAGCCUGAGGCCAGUGCAGCUUAUGGAGGUAAAAGCUCAAGGAAGAUUUGGUGCUGUAUGGAAAGCACAAAUGUUAAAUGAAUUUGUUGCAGUGAAGAUAUUUCCUUCCCAGGACAAGAACUCUUGGCAGGUGGAGCAGAUGAUUUUCCAGCUUCCACAGAUGAAGCACGACAACAUUUUAGCCUUUAUUGCAGCAGAAAGAAGAGGAGAUGGUCUUCAACUUGAAUAUUGGUUAAUUACAACUUACCAUGAAAGAGGAUCACUGAGUGACUUUCUGAAGGCAAAUGUUGUUUCAUGGACGGAACUCCUGAACAUCACAGACUCAAUUGCAAGAGGUCUCAUGCACUUACAUGAAGAACUUCCACUAACUAAACUGGAAGGCUACAAACCUUCUAUAGCACACAGAGAUUUCAAAAGUAAAAAUGUCCUCUUGAAGAAUGACAUGACAGCAUGUGUUGCAGAUUUUGGCUUGGCCCUGGUUUUCUUGAAUGGGCAGUCCUCAGGAGAUACUCAUGGCCAGGUUGGGACAAGAAGAUAUAUGGCCCCAGAGGUCCUAGAAGGGGCCAUCAAUUUCAACAGGGAUGCAUUUCUAAGGAUAGAUAUGUAUGCUUGUGGACUAGUCUUAUGGGAGCUGUUAUCUAGAUGCUGUGCCCAAGAUGGUCUUGUAGGGGAAUACACACUUCCAUUUGAAGAAGAAGUUGGUCAACACCCAACUCUUGAAGACAUGCAGGAAAUUGUAGUACAAAAGAAAGCUAGGCCGAAGUUCAAAAGUUCAUGGAAAAAACACCCUGGCAUAGCAAGUUUAUGCAGCACUAUUGAAGAAUGUUGGGAUCAUGAUGCCGAGGCAAGACUCUCUGCUAGCUGUGUGCAAGAAAGGGUAUCAUUACUGUACAAAUCAGACUUUGGAAAUGAACUUAUCACAUCUGAUAUGAAGAACCCAACUACUACCUCUCCAACACUUACUUGCUCACAGUUAGUCCAAUUCCCAGCAUCUGAAUUCUCCACAAGCAGGGAGGAGGGUUGAAGUCUUCGACACCUACAGACUCUGUUGUGCCUUCAGCAAGAUUAUGUCACCCUCUAGUGUGGAGAUAAAUGGGAAUGCCAUGUAGUAGCAGCUGCUUUAGUUAUUUGGUUCAUGUUGAAUACUACUUUCAUCAGCUAGAUGUACAUUUUUUGUGUUACAUUGACCAAUAGCUGUAGAAAAAUUUGUCUUGUACAUUUAACUUUUGUAUUUACCUCAGUAUCAUCGUACAAUGGUUUUAACAUUUUGUUUUAUUCACCAGAUCUAACUUCAGAGGGUUUUAUGAUUCACAAGAUGAACAGCAUUUUUUUAUGAGUGUUUGUGUUUCUAUGUGUGUAUGUGUGUAAUGGAACAGCAUUUUUUAAGAGUACAAUAUUUAAGAAUUUUCUUUGGUUCAUCAGUUUACCUCAGGAAACAAGUUACAUAUACAACCUCAGUCCGAAAAUGUUUGUCUCAUACAUUACGAAGAUGCUCAAUUUGUUUUUUUUUUUUUUUUUUUUUUUUAAUAAUUGGAGAAAUUCUGUCCUGGUUGAACAAUUCUGAUUUUAGCUAAGACAGAUUGUUAAAUAUACAUGUACGGUGUUGUGUGUAGGAAUAAUACACUUUUAAAACAACAUUCCUUCACAUUGAUAGUAUUGACAGAAUGUCUGUUUUAUUCCAGAUUUAUAGUUUCAUAAUAACCACUUUUGAAUGCAGGUGUUCCUAUUCACUAUUUAUUGGACAUUUAAACUGUGGCAAAAAAGUCACCUCAUUCUACUGAUGAAGUUGCAGUAGAACAAAAGCUAUAGUUUCAAUUUGUAUAAGAUAAAGAUCUGUACUUGUUGUAAUUAUUUGUUUUCUUUUAUUGAACAGUUUUUAUAAUUAUGUAAAUGCUUCUUGAAAAAUGAAGAAAUUCCCUUUAACUAAUUAAGCUCUUGUAAUGGUUUUAAAAAUAUUUUAGUGUUUGUAAAAUCUCCUUCAUAAAGAUUGUAAUAUAAUGAUGUUGAGGCUAUUGCCAUUGUGAACUUUCAGAGACAUUAUGUACAGUUUUACUUAUACAUAUGUUCAGCUUUGGUUAUUGCUACCAGUAAAAUUCCACAAAAUAUUUUUUUGUUAAAAUUCAGGUUUAAAUAUUGUUAGAAAUUAGUUUUACAUUCAACUACAACAGUCGAAGUUUUUAGCUUUAGGUUUGAUAACAUCUUCAAGAACAAUAUACGACCUACACAAAUUAACAUAAUAAACAUUAGGGACUAUGUUUAACUGUUGAUAUGUUUUAAGAUAUUUUAUUUGUAGACAAACCUAAAUAAUUCAUGUAUCCUUUCAUAAAAAAACAACUAAGUCUCACUUCAGUGAAGUUUAGAUGUUUGAACUAUAGAAAGUCACUUGACAAAUAAAAAUAUGUUUAUUACAUAAGAAAAAUAUUGUGGAAUGACAAGUAGUGUGUGUGUGUUUGUGUGAAUAUUAAACUAUAGGUUUUCAUUGGUCUUAAUCAAAUUAUCAUAAGUAUUUAAAUAUAAUUUCAAUGUAAAAGUAAUUUUUCAAAUUGAGAGGAAAUUCAUAGUUUAAUCACAAAAGAAAGUAGAAUUAUGGUUUUAUAAUAGGUUUAAUUUUACCUUAUAAAUUUAGACCUACAUACAUAUUAAUUUAUCACAUCAUGAGUAAACAUCUGAUAUGACAUAGGUGCCAAUAUUAUUUUUAUGUGUGUGUGUGUGUAUAAUUAUAGUGAUUUUUCUCUUCUAUCACUGGUUUUGUUAAAUGUGGUAGAUGCUUACAAAAGUUUUCGUGUAAAGGUUUGUAUAACAGAUGGGUAAUUCCAGACUAGUUACUUUUCCAAUAUUCCUUAUAGCUAAAACUAGUUUGAAGUAUUUGUGUAUGUUACUUGAAAAAAAUGUUCUAAUGUACACUAAACAACAAAGAAAACUUUAUUAUGGCAUUUUGGCAGCUGUGUAGUUCAUAAUCACACAAUUCAGAACAACAGAUAUUCUUAUAGAUUUAAGUCUGUGAAAAUUCCACAGUGGUUAUAUUGUUCUACACUUUAUAUCAGGUAGUUCCUUCAUUGAUUGUUUUAAAUUGUCUGUACUUGAGAACCUUUCAUUUUACAUUAAGAAUGUUAGUAUGCAGUCUCCAAAACAUCAGAAUAAAGUUUAAUUUUGUUUCACCUAAUAUGAAGUAAUAAUCAGAAUUGUAUCGUUGGUGUAUGAGAGUUAGAAUUCUCAACCCAGUUAAGCAGACCAACUUGAAUGAAGCACUGGGAGUGAAAAUAUGCUGUCCAAAGAGUAUACAUAAAAAUCUCAGUAAAUAUAUCUUAGUGUAUGCUCAAAUUUUCUGAUGUUACUUGAUUUAUAGUGAGGCUUUUAUUAAGCAUGCUCAUAGAAACUACCUGGGUGCAAUUUGAUGAGGGGGUGGGAUUUCCUUGGCUCUGCUUUUUCAUCUCUGUGACUGCACUUUCAAUUAUCAUCCCCGAGGGGAAUUAAUUUAUCCCCUUGAUAAAAAAAAAUGUAACAGAGCAAGUGCUUGUCAUGAGUGCUCUUUAAGUUUUAUUUAGUUGUUGUGUAGCAUAAGUAGUUUAUGUAAUUGGCUUUUCAUUCAGUAUAUACAUGAUAUAUAUAUUUUAAUACAUAUUUUUUUACUUGUCGAAUCGGUAUAAACUUGGUGUUUAAAUUGCGUAGUAAUGAUGUGCCAUAGCCUCCCCUCCCCCCCCCAAAAAAAAAUUGCAUCCUUGAAGCUACUGAUUAAAAGAAAUCAUGUACAUACCAUCAUGCAUGUUUAAUACAUUGACCUUGAAAUUAGAAAAAAGAAAAAAAUUACUCUGCCAAUGACACUUUUCAACAUCAAUAUUGUAAUGUGAUAUCAAAGUGACGCAUAAUUAUUAAAAAGAUUAUUUAUGGUAGCUAAAAUUCUUAAAAGGAAAAUAAAUACUUUGGUACUAGUAAAUAUGUACUCAGUGGUGCCAACAACCUCGAUUUUGAAAGUUUUUCUAACCAAUACUUGCACAAUUCUGGCCUCUGAUUUUAUCAGUGACCACUCCAACUCUUAUCUAGAACUAAUAAAAUUUAAAUUAAUAACAAUAUCUAUUUUUAGUUUUUAAUUGUAUCAAAAGUUAAUAUACGGAAAAGGCUAACUUAAAAAAUAAUGCAAAGGAUGGAAGAAAAUUGCAAAAUUUAAUAUUGUUUGAGCUUUUGUGACAGCAAUACAAACUCAAAGGGCACCCUGUCCAAGAAAAUAAUGUCCUUACAAAAUCAAACAUAUAAAACAAUAUUCUUUCUCCUUGCCCCAAUUUUUAACAUCAAAGCAAGGAAAAAUAUUUUUUGUAAAGUAUGUAGGUGUGACAUCAAUGUUGUACAUGGUGGAAAAGAUCUCAACAGACUUUUAAAAAAAAAAAGAAUUUUAAUUUAGAAAAGUUUAAAUUGUGGAUGAAUUUUCAGCCUAUUACCAAGACAAAAUGAAAUUCAGACCAAACAUAUAAUCAGGAAAACUUGAAGUUUUUAGUGGCACACAGUUGCUAUGGAUGAAAUUCAAAGGAAACAUAGAAUCAUGAACACUUGAGGGCUUUGGUAACACACAAAAUUGCCAUGGCAUUUAGGAUUUAUAAAGAUGAAAUUCAAUGGAAGUGUAGAAUCAUGAACAUUUGAGCUUUUUAGUAACAAAAAGUUGCUAUGACAUUUAGGAGAGUGGGUGCGUGCUUGCAAUAUAAAUAUUUCCAGAGAACUUCUGAAGAAAGCAUAAAGUGAUACAUAUAAAUUAUUUGCACUAAGUAAAAAGUUAAUUUGUGCCCUCUCAAUUUCACUAGCAGUAAAAUAUAAUUUACAAGGUGCAAGGAUAACCAAUCUUUAAAGACUCGAGAAAGUUAGAAACUGUUUUCAUUGUCUCCAGACCACUUUGGAGGUCUUGUAGAAUGUUGGCAUUUCUGUGUACUUCAUUUGUGGAUGGUUUAUAGAAGGCCAUCUAUACAUGUAAAAAUUUAGUUCUUGACCUUUCAGUUGGGUGUGAAAUAGGAUGUAAUCAUCUGGUUUAUAGCAAAUCAAGGAAUAUUGUUCACCAGCUAAGCCUAUUUGAUAUACAAAAAAAAGGUUUAAAUCACUGUAUGUUUUUUAAUCUAAUAGUUAGUAGCAUCAGCAUGGACUUUAGCUAGGUACUUGUUAAAUACCUGACUAUAAGAUCAUACCUGAGCUCUUGGAUGAUCACUUUGAAAUUAAAAAACAAAAAUACUUAAUUUUUUAUUGAAAGUAAGCUAAGUAUAUAGAAAAAAUUAAGAAUUAUUAAAAUCACUUACAAUAAUGAAAGCAACUUUUGCAUUAUAACAGUAUGACUAGAAAUACUUAAUGAAGUUUUAGAUAGUGUUUCAAAAGGGCUUUGGAAGAUACAUUCCAUUAUGAUACUAGGGAGCUCUUCGUAUUUGAUUACCCAUGCUAGUAAUCAGGUAAUGGUAUUAGAUUUUACAAAAGGUGGUGGUUUGCAUUUGUUAAGACGAAGAUUUGUUUUUAGCACAGGCUUAAAGAGUUGCUACCCUUUCUCAGUUAUACGUUGUACAUUUUGUAUUGGACACUUAAUUGUACUGUAAAAUUAACAAAAGUGAAAAUUAUAUUUACUUUUUUUCAGUGUUUGGGAUUGGUGUGAAAUCUUGUUUAUUUGCUUUUCUUUUUUUUUUUGUGGAGCUGACAUUAGAAAUAAAUGAAAGGUUAGGAAGUUGAAAUUUCAUGCAUUAUUUAAAAGUAAGUGACCUUUUUGUCUGUUUAAUUUUUCUCUCUGAGGACGUUCAUACAUUAUGCAAGAUCAAAAUAUGCCAUAGUUGUUAUAUUGUAACAGUUUAAUUUAAUUGUAUUCGUAUAAAAUCCCUACCAGAAACCUCAAAAUUACUUCCUUCUGGUUUGUUUAGACCAUAAUGUUUCACAAAAAAAUUUUAAUUUCUCUCUCUAAAAACUUAACUAUUUUUAGUAAAUAACACUGUUGAGGAUGUUUAUGAAUAUCAUUAUUUGUUAAUGUCAAAACACACACUUUAUCAUCAAGAAACUAUGAAAAGAACAUAUGUCAUCUGUGUAUUUUUUUCUCUAUUCAACAAAGUAGCAAACCUCAGUAUAUUUUUUGUCAAAGUACUUUGUUAAAGGUGAAUAUGUUGUUUACAGGUAUCAAAGAAUGUGAAGGUUUAUUUUAGUGUUAAGUUUCAUCACUGCCAAAUUUAGAGCUAACUUGAAAUGUGUUAUCAUACCAUAGACAGUCUAUAAAUUGGAUUAUUAGGAAUAUUCUUUCUACCAUGAAAACUGUGGUAGAAUUUGUAAUUUUUUUCUUGUUUUCUGUUAAACAUAUAUUAGAAAAUAUACAUAUAUUCUAAUGUGUCACAAUAUUUCAUUUUGUAUGAUGAUUUUUUUAAUACAAACAUUCCUUUAAAGAUGUACUUGAAAAGUGUGGUUACUAAUUUUGUUGAAUAUCAGACUUCUAAUGUCUUGGUAAUAUUUCAUUAUUCACUCUCUGGUUAUGUUAUUUAUGUAUUUUCAUCUGUUAUUUACAUUUUCUUUUGUAAAUAUAGGAACUUUUUAUAUUAAUUGCUAGUAACUACUACUCAGAGAAAUUUUGCACAUAUUCAUUUGUUGCUCAGGUUAAAUGAAAAUAGUUUUAGUACUUAGAAGAUGAUUAUGUACCAACAUGACAGCAACUUCAGGUUUAUUAUAUAAGGGCCUAUCUGUGUAAUGUUUUGUUCAUCUUCUCUUUAAUAACUUAACAUACCAGCACUUUAAUAAAAAUAUGAAGAAACAUAUGUUAGAGAAAUUUGUUGCCUUAUUCAUUUUGUAAACUGCUGUAGGUUUGACUCUCUAAGUAUGCCAUGAAACUACAUCUUACUGGAGAAUUCUUCACUAGUUCUUGUAUAUAUGUAGAAAAUGAGCUCAUUAUUUUAACAGUUAUUAGCAUUACAAGUACUUUCAUGUUUGUGUAUAUAUCAUUAUUUUAACAAGUAUUUUUGCUUAUUGUAGAUUUGUCAAGUUACAUACUGGAGUAAAUAUUGUUCUUCCAUUAUAAAAUAGUGAAUAAAGUAAAUUGUAAUCAUGAAUCUUUUUCUAUUCCUGGGGAGGGUGUUUGUAAAUAUACUAAACCAGAAAAGAUGAAUAUAGUUGACCAGUUUAUUUGUAACUUAGGGCUCUUUAUGUUUUUAAGUUAAUUACUGUUAGUUGUGAAUAUGAUACCUGCAAUAAAUUUGAAUACAUAAGAUGAUCAAUUAAAGUAUGUUGUGAUGUUUCAAUAGUGUUGAGGUGAACAAUAUUAGCAUGUAUACAAAUGGAAAAUAUAGAAAGAAACAUGGUGCCGAGUGUUAGAGUUUUUAAAGGUUGGUAAAACAUGUCUUAAGAUGUAGUAAUAUAUGUAGUACUGUGACACAGUUCUGGAACUGUUGAUAAAUAUGACAAUAAAGCAAGCGGUAAGUGUGGUAUUGUCUAAUACAGAAAUGAAAUGCUGGUAAAUGUAUGUAAUACAACACUUGAAGUUCCGGUGAACAUGGUAUGUGUAACAUUUUUGGAAUGCUAGUAAACGUGUCUUAAUUAUGUCAUAACAAUAUGCUUCUGCGCACGAAGUUGAACAGUGUUAGGUUUGUUCAUCUUCCAUGUUGUGAUUGUUCUGUGUGGCAUUUUUUCCCCCAAUUUCACAAGGUACAACUUUUCAUUGAUAUAUUUACACAUAACAAAUAGAGUACAAACAAAACUGAAGUGGAGCAAAAAGCACUCGUAUAGCUAAAGAUCCCAUCCUGUUAACUGUAAGUGAUAUGACAAGUCAUGUCAACAAAUCAUAAUCUACCACUUUGUUGUGUUUCAGAAAUCAUCACUAUAGCGCAUAAAUGCAGCAGAAUGUACUCUUAUGAUAACAUGGAAUUUUUCUUUUAUGUUACAGUAGUCCCAUAACAUCUUGGUACCUAGAACAAUAAUUGGGGUUAUAAGUAGAUUCACCCCAAAUCUCGUGUUUUAUUUGAAAAGUGCCUCUGAGAUAUAGUAGAAUAUAAAGAAAAUAGUGGUGGACAGUUUUGUUUUGUGAAAUGUUCUUUACUUUUGAAAUUUUAUGUCUAUAUCAUAAACAAAAAAUAUAUUUUUCAUACCUCACGGAAUGCAGAUUCGAAAUAAAUAAUUUAGGUUUUCAGUAUUACUGGUACAUUGUUCGUGUGGGUUUAACAGUAUCUUGGAUUUGUUGUUACCGUAAGAAAUGUAGUUUUCCCCCUUUGUCGUGUAACCCAAACUGGAAAAUUUGGGUUCUGGGGAUUUUGGUGAAAUUAUUAAGUUAAAGUUGUUUAUAUGAAUGGGUUGUUUACAUUUAAUAAUAUCCUUCCUGGUUAUAUAAUAAAAUACUUUUUUGUAGAUUUACUGACCGAUAGUUAUGGAAAUAGGGGGAAGAUAUGUAGAAAUGUGUAGUUUGAAACGUGUUAGAUUGUCAUAUAGUCUCUAAAAACUGAUUUGCGAUUGCCAUGAACGUUUUUAAGUUUCGUAGAGGAUUUAUUCUCGACUUGAAUGAAAGUAUAUUUUACCGGAAAUCUCGAUCUUAAGAUAUCGCACGUCACUAGCUAUCUUCAAUUUCGAACGUAGAGUAUAAGAGUGCCAUAAGUGUUGUACAGUGGAUAUAUGUCUGGUUCCUCUGUAUAUUAAACAUGUAAUGUGCUGUAGAUAAAAUGUAUCUUCUAAAUAAACAAUAGUCCUGUUC